AAGUGCCCCUUGUUCGUGAUGUCAGAUAGUGAGACAGCUUGAGCUUCCCAAAAAUAGUUGGGUGGAAUUUGAUAUUUUACAACUAACAGCUAGCUAGUAGACGAACUACUCAUGCGUGUCAAUCAAGCUAAUUAUGGCCAACUUCCUAGUGUGUUCCAGUACUCACGAGUGGAAAAAAAAUUCGACCCAACUUGAAUAUAAAUUACAAAUGUUAUAAAUUAAUUUGUAAACAGAUGUUGGGAUUAGAACUUAGUCUUGGAGCCACCAGCUAGCCAAAACUUAUAAAGAUGUCUGAGGACACAAGCGGACUGAAUCCCCAGCAGAGGAGACUGUUGGAGGGCCUAUACAAGUUUUACAGGGACGGUCAGCUGACCGAUGUAACGCUGGACGUAGAAGGACAAGAGUAUGCCUGUAACAGGAACAUACUGGCAGCUAGCAGUCCCUUCUUCAGGGCCAUGUUUACCAGUGAUGUCAAAGAGAGUAAAGACGAUGUUGUUCUCAUACAUGAGAUAAGCAAAGAUGCAAUGGAGAGCUUACUGGACUACAUAUACAGUGGGAAAAUCUGUCUGACCAAUGAAAAUGUUCAAAAUGUCUUCUCUGCUGCCAACUUUUUAGAAAUGUUAGAAGUGGUGGAUCUAUGUAUUGAUCAUAUCUCAGGAGUGGUAAAUCUGUCCAAUUGUUUAGAUGUCUUUUUCUUUGCUGUGUACAACUAUUGUGAAAAGUUAAAGCUGAACUGUGGUAACUUUAUUCUGAAGAAGUUUCCCGAGAUAGCAGAGACUCGCGAAUUUCUUUCAAAAAUUAAGGUAGAGGAUUUGAUGUGGUUCUUAUCGGCGGAUGACAUAUAUGUGGAUAGGGAGGAGUAUAUAUUUGAGUAUAUACUGAAGUGGAUAGAUUUUGAUGUGGAGACGAGAAGUAAGCUUUUCCCCAAACUUUUCAAAUGCCUCAGGCUCCCUUUAAUCAAUGAGGAAUAUUUUGCAGAGAAAGUUGCCAGUCAUGAAUUUGUUCAAGAGAGCAGUUUUUGUCGCGGACUCUUGACUUCUUUCAGUCUCUUUAAAAUACAGCAAGCGCACAGUUUGGAAGUGGAUGUGGAUUCUCCGUUUGCCAAUUCCACACCACGGCUUGGAAUGUACAACCGAAAACUGAUUGUGUACUCAGGAGGUGCAAACUCAGCUGAUGAGCGAUCGUUCACGGCCUUUGACCCAAUCUCUAAAAAGAAUUACUAUGGGAUAAAACCUCAUCCAUCUUUUGAUUUCAAGUUCAGAAUUGAUUACUUUUCAUUGGUAACAACCGAAAACAAUAAUAUUUACUUCAUUGGUGGCAUAUUCUAUGAAAAUUACCACUUUUCUGAAACCGGCCCUGCUGAGAAACAUGUCUUCCUGUAUGAUGAAAAAAAAUCAAAAUGGUUGUCACGGAAGCCUAUGGGAAUGGCAAGAUGUCAGUUUGCUGCAUGCAGUUACGGCAAUGAAAUUUACGUCUGUGGUGGAAAGUCUUCUCAUCCUGUGGGCGAGCCCUCAGAUACUGUGGAGGUGUUUGACCCAGAAAUAGACUUUUGGACGGUCAUGAAACCCAUGCCCAUGGCACUAUACCAGCAUGCAAUUUGCUGCCACAAGAAAGCCUUGUUUGUGUUCGGUGGCAAGGAUGUGGUGGAUGAACAUGUAGAUAAUGUAUUCCUAUUUGACAUUCCAACAAACUCUUGGUGUGUGAUUCGUUCCAAUUUGCUUAAACCAAGAUCUGAACAUAUGGCACUGGCUGUGAGAGAUAAGAUUUACAUUAUUGGGGGUGGAUCCAGGCAUUCUAAUGCAGUAGAGGUGGAGAUUUAUGAUCCUGCAACCAACAGGUGGAAAUUUGGGUGUGAUUUUGGGGAGGAGAGAAAAAUAAUGGCUGGCUGUGUGUAUGAUGACCAGAUUUAUAUCACUGGGGGGGUACGGCAAUUUAGCAGGCCAAAUAAACCAACCAGGACUGUGGAGACAAAAGACUUCUUCAGGUACAACGUAGACCUGAAUGAAUGGCAGAAACUGGUCCGCUUCAUACAGUACGCCAACACACAGAGCUGCACCGUGGCAACGCUCAACAUCAAGUUCCUCCAUGAAAGUGACUUUAUCAGUGUUGGAGAGGGCAUUGAACCUGAUGAGAAUUGAGUUCAAGAGGUACCCAGAACCCGAUAAGAAUUGAGCUCAAGAGGUACCCAGAACCUGAUGAGAAUUGAGCUCAAGAGGUACCCAGAACCUGAUGAGAAUUGAGCUCAAGAGGUACCCAGCUACAUGUCAAAAUAUGGUUCCUAAUUACGGGUUAGUUGUCUGUUAUUGUGGGGAAUGUGUAACUUAUAAUCAGGUCAAACCUGUAGGGAAAGAAGACACGGUGUACAGUAUGAACAUGAGAAAUUGCUUUACCCUAUCUUGUAUGCAGCCUGGACACUUUGGAAUACAAUUUCGCUCUGUUUUAAAUUUCCAGAUUGCUUGUUUUAAACCAUUUUUAUAUUUUUGUGACAAUGGUCAUAAUUAGGGCCCCAUAUGGUGGGUGCUGUAUUGUAGUCGCUGUUUGUCCGUAUGUCAGGACUUUCUAUGGCUCACAAUGACUUAGCUUUCCGUGGGAAUAUUUUCAUGAAUUUUGUACAUGAUCCUUGGAUUAAACAGAGGAAGUUCCCUUCAAUUUUCAGAUUUAUUGCAGGGCCUUUCUAUUGUGUUAGUUUUCUAGUGAUCUCUUGGAAGGAAAAUGGGGGCAUGAUUUGCGAAAAAAAACAAAACCCCAACUUGAAAUGGGGAUGAAUUUCACGGUAGACUUUUUUAUUCAGCAGGGGACACAGCUGUCUAAAUGUAGGUGAAAUGAUGUUACAUUUUUGACUUUUUAACUUUUUAACUUGCCUGCUCUCAAAAUAUGCUGGUACUAUACCAAGGAGAUAUCUGUGAAAUUUUUCUAGUUCACUGUGAGAUUCCUUAAGGACAUACAGUUUUAUAUGUGAAUAUAUAUUGGAAAUCUUCAUGCCAAGGUGACCCAGGUAAGCAAUGUUGCCCAUGGGUCUCUUGUUUCGCAAUCUUAUUCACUCUUCUUCUAUCAAUUUCAUGCUUGUGAUAUACAAUAACAUCCCCAAAAAUCUAUAGCAUUAAACCAUUGAUUCUUAUUGAAAAAUGUGGGUAACCACGUUUCUUACACUUAGCAACAAAUUGAUACAAUUUGUAUGAUUAUUUUUCUUUGAUGUAGUUUUUAACUGCCAUCAACUGUUCAUCAAUAGAUGAUAACAAUUUGUCAAUUUUGAUAAUUUUUUCCUCAACAUUUCCUUUCAUUGAUAAGAUUACGAAGAUCUGCUGAUCCUUCUCAUUUUUCUUAUAAGAAAGUUUUUGUGGAUGAUGCAAAAAUUUGUCCUCCUGAAUAGUUCCUAUGUGUUUGUGGCAGUAUGUCAGGGUAGAUCCAUUUCUUGUAGCAUUGUACUGCCUUCCAUAUCACUUUUAUCAAAACACAACCCGGAUUACAGAGAGUUAACCAGUUCCAUUUUAUUUGCCACAAACAGUUCAUAUAUAGACGCGGAUCCUAAAUAGCGUGUGUGUGUCCCUGUUUUAGUGGGUAUACGUAUGUGUGUGCAUAUAUGGUAAAAAGCUACAAUAAACAAAUACAAGUCUAUAAAUGAAAUGAAAUACAAAGCCAUAAUGAAAGAGUAAAUUAAGUUAAGUUACAUUGCUACUAAAAUUAGAUGCAUAUAAUUCACUACCUUAAAGUACAAAUGAACUUUACAAUGGUAUUUGAAGUGCAGCUCUAAAAAACAAAGAUAUCAGAACUUGUAAAACUUAUAUCGUGAUCGGCCACUGUUUCCCUAAAUUAUAAUGUUUUGGAUAGUUGAUCGAGAGUCUCUCUCAGGAAUGAAUUGUGUGCAUGAAAGGCACACAUAAAGAGUCAAACUUGCACAGGAACCCGUAUUGCUUCAUAAUUAAGAUAAAUAUCAAAAUGCAGACCCUACCCAAGUUAGAUAAACAUAAUGCAGCAAAUUUGACUUUAACAUAAACAGCAGAUGCGAGCUAAUGGUCAGUGCACUAAAAUCAAGCAUGAGAAUAUGAUUAUAAAAACAAUACAAACAAUGAACAAUUGAUUCAGCUAUUCAAAACCUGAUUUUGUCAGUGUAUAAAAAGGCUUAGGGUAAUUUAUGGAGUGGAGUGGAGUUGUGGAGUCAUGGAGUGGAGUCAAUGAAUACAAUUCAUGUUUAUCAUGUAUAGAAUAAACAUUUACAAACCACAACACAGGACUUUGAUAGAAA